AUGUCAUCUCCUCCCGUCGAAACCACCGGGCCUUGCACACGUGUAUUCUGGGACCUUAUGGAUUUCCCAUUCCCUGAUGGUGUUGAUCCUGUUUCGAUUUAUAAGAAGAUGCAACUAAUUCUCGAGAAUGAGGGUUUUCGUGGUCAAUUGUCAAUCAUGGCCUACGUUGAUGAAGAAACAUUUUCGGAUGAAUUGUACGACGAUUAUGAGAACGCCGGAAUCACCGUCAUUUACCUUCCCGAAGGGAGUAAACAUCAUAGAUGUCGUAUGAUGUUUACGGACAUUACUUGGUGGUUACAGGAAAACUGUGAGAACCCUUUUACACCAAGAAAUUUGAUAGUAGUCUCAAAGCUAGACGGAGGAAAAUCGCGUUUCCUCAAACAUCUUGAAAACUGGGUAUAUGUAGACUACAAUGUUCUCUUAGCAAUGCCUCACCAGCCUCAACUGACUCGAGUUAUCUCGUCAAGGAUACGUACUAGGCUACAAACUGUUACCUUUAACUGGCUUUCGAUAAGCCUUUCGACGACUAAAGUACAAGGGCGUACCCACAAGUGGAAGAGCAUAGAUGACUGA